GGAAGUGACGCUAUUUUCCUGAGCCCUGAGAAUCAUAACAUGCCAGACAAGCAGAUCCUGAUCGAGGAGGAUGACCUUCAGUAUGAAGAGGAGAUCCUGCGUAACCCGUAUUCAGUCAAGUGCUGGAUGCGAUAUAUUGAAUUCAAGCAAUCGGCUUCAGCACAUGCACUUAACCUGAUAUACGAGAGAGCACUAAAGGAGCUGCCAGGAAGUUACAAAUUAUGGUAUGCUUACCUAAAACAGCGCAGGAAGCAGGUGAAGAGGCGAUGCCUAACCGACCCAGCCUUUGAAGAAGUAAAUAAUUGCCAUGAGCGAGCUCUUGUCUUCAUGCACAAGAUGCCUCGAAUUUGGCUGGAUUACUGCCAGUUUCUUAUGGAUCAGUGUAAAAUUUCCCGCUCAAGAAGGACAUUUGACCGUGCUCUUCGCGCACUCCCUAUUACACAGCACCAUCGUAUCUGGCCACUGUACCUGAAAUUUGUCCGUGCUCACCCCCUUCCAGAGACAGCAGUCAGGGUCUACAGGAGAUACCUAAAGCUGUCACCUGAGAAUGCAGAGGAGUAUAUCGAGUAUCUGCGCUCUGUGGACAGAUUGGAUGAGGCUGCAUCUAGACUGGCAGCCAUUGUGAACCAAGAGGAUUUUGUGUCCAAAGAGGGAAAAUCAAACUACCAGCUGUGGCAGGAGUUGUGUACCCUCCUUUCACAGAACCCAGGAUCUGUACGCUCUCUGGACUCUGGAGCCAUUAUUCGGGGUGGCCUCACCCGCUUCACCGAUCAGAGGGGGAAAUUGUGGUGUGCCCUUGCUGAGUACCAUACCCGGAGUGGUCAUUUUGAAAAGGCUCGAGAUGUUUAUGAAGAGGCUAUUCAGACAGUCACCACUGUCCGUGACUUCACUCAGGUGUUUGACAGCUAUGCUCAGUUUGAAGAGAGCGUCAUUGCAGCCAAAAUGGAAACUGUCAGUGAGAUGGGAAAAGAAGAGGAAGAUGACAUAGACUUAGAGCUGCGAUUAGCCCGUUUCGAGCAGCUGAUGGAGAGGAGGCCUCUCUUACUGAAUGGGGUGCUACUGAGACAGAAUCCACAUAAUAUCCAUGAGUGGCACAAGAGGGUGCAGCUGUACAAAGACAAACCACGAGAGAUCAUUAACACAUACACAGAAGCUGUCCAGACUGUAGAUCCAGCAAAGGCCACUGGGAAGCCGCACACACUCUGGGUUGCUUUUGCUAAAUUUUAUGAAGACAAUGGACAGAUUGAUGAUGCCCGAGACAUCCUCCAAAGAGCGACCCAGGUACGAUACACACAUGUGGAUGACUUGGCCUCUGUCUGGUGCCAAUUUGGUGAAAUGGAGCUGAGACAUGAGAACUAUGAGGAGGCUCUGACAAUACUCCGAAAAGCCACUGCAGUGCCAGCUCGUAAGGCUGAAUACUUUGACGCCUCGGAGCCUGUGCAGAACAGAUUGUAUAAGUCAUUGAAGGUGUGGUCUAUGUUGGCUGAUCUGGAGGAAAGUUUAGGUACUUUUAAGUCCACCAAGGCUGUGUACGAUAGGAUCAUUGAUCUCCGCAUAGCCACCCCACAGAUUAUAAUCAACUACGCUAUGUUCUUGGAGGAACACAACUAUUAUGAAGAAAGUUUUAAGGCCUAUGAGCGUGGCAUUGCCCUUUUUCGCUGGCCAAAUGUCUACGAUAUCUGGAGUACUUAUCUGUCCAAAUUCAUCGCUCGAUAUGGAGGAAAAAAGCUGGAGAGAGCCCGUGAUCUGUUUGAACAGGCUCUGGAUGGCUGUCCUAGAAAAUUUGCCAAAAAUAUCUUUCUCUUGUAUGCCAAGCUGGAGGAGGAGCAUGGCCUGGCCAGACAUGCCAUGGCUUUAUAUGAGCGUGCUACUCAGGCCGUAGAGCCAGGAGAACAGUACGAGAUGUUCAACAUUUACAUCAAGAGAGCUGCUGAAAUAUAUGGAGUCACACACACCCGAAGCAUUUAUGAGCGAGCUAUAGAGCUGUUGGCAGAUGAGCAGUCUCGAGAGAUGUGCCUGCGUUUUGCAGAUAUGGAGUGUAAGCUUGGAGAGAUUGAUCGAGCCCGAGCUGUGUAUUCCUACUGUUCCCAGAUGUGUGAUCCCAGGCUGACGGCGGGGUUCUGGCAGACUUGGAGAGACUUUGAAGUGCGCCAUGGCAAUGAGGACACAAUUCGGGAGAUGCUACGUGUGAAACGAAGUGUGCAAGCCAAAUACAACACACAGGGCACUUUCCUUGUAUCCCAGAGAUUGAGGGCAGAAGGAGGAGGCCAGGAAUCCAAAGAACCGGUGGAUGAGAUGCAGGCACUGGAGCAGAAGGCAGCGGUGGUGGCAGCAGAGGCUGAAAGAGAUAAACCACAGAUGAAGGAGAAGAUCCUGUUUGUUAGGUCUGAUGCUUCGAAGACAGAAUUAGCAGAGAUGACACUGCAGGCAAAUCCAGAUGAGAUUAACAUAGGAGAGGAAGAUGAGUCAGAGGAGGAGCUGGAGCCGGAUGAAGUACAAUUGGAGCAGAAAUCAGUCCCUGCUUCGGUCUUCUCGGGGAUUACUGAUGACUAA